AUGGCACUACUUGAAAACAUUUUCUUGGUCCACGGAUACCCCUCGUUCUUAGUCUCGGACAAUGCCACUAUAUUCAAAAGUGAGGAAUUUAUCAACUACUGUAAAGAACGUGGGAUUUUCCAAAAAUUUACUGCUCCUAACCAUCCUGCAACAAAUGGCCUGGCGGAACGAAACAUACCAACUUUAAAGAGAAGACUUAUUGCUGCUGCCGAUGAUCCAAACCCAAUUACCACAAAGCUACAAAACAUUAUGUUCAGAUAUCGAGCAACACCUUUGGCAUCAGGCAAGACUCCAGUAGAGUUGUAUUUGAACAGGAAGAUUCGGAUUAGACUUGACACACUUCUCCCUAACCCAAAGUUAAAACUUCCAUCAAAAUCAAUUGCUCCUCUUCGUGUCCGCUCUCUUAAAGUGGGGGAGAGAGUUCAGGCAAGGGUUCACCUGGUAAAUAAAGACAUAUGGCAGUUUGGUAAUGUCAAGAGAAAAGUAGGUCAAUACCAUUACAUUGUUGAAUUGGAUUCUGGACGAAGUUUAAAACGACACAUAAAUCAAUUGAUUUCGACUCUUGUAUCCAAGAAGAAAGUUACAUUUACAACACACAACGAACAAGAUAGUUCUGUUGUUCCAAGACGGAUACCUAUUAUAGACUGUCAAGCACCACCACAAGAUAUCCAUCCAGAGUCUGAACCAAAUACAAACAAUCCAACAGAACUAGACGGGACUCUAAGGGAAGAAAAUCUAGACAGACCUCAAGUCACAGAACUAAAAAGAAAACAAUUUAACUCGUCCUUCCAGACAUCGCAAGGUUCCGUCCUAUCUUAA